AUUUCUUCGACGUCUCUCCUACGAUCGUUUCACGUUGCACGCGUUAAUCUUGCACCUUAUAUUCCUUCUUAAACCCGAUCCUCCGCGUCUCCAAUAUCGACGUCGUCGCCACGAUGCCCAAAGUUUCCGUUAGAUCUCGCUCUGACUCGUCCUCCGAGACUAAUGGUACUAGAUUCCCGUGCAAAUCUUGCGACAAAACCUUUGAUAGAAGCAGUGAUUAUAGACGACAUGAACGAACCCAUACCGGAGAAAGGCCUCACAGAUGCACUUGGCCCGGAUGCUCAAAGUCCUUCGCCCAAUCGUCCGGGCUCAAAACCCACAUGAAUACUCAUACAGGAGCACAACCUCACCUAUGUGGCUACUGCGACUCGAAAUUCGGGGACCCUUCCUCUCGCUCGAGGCACCGCCGGGAAGUUCAUGGGGAUGAAGGUACUCACGAGUGUCCCUACGCCGGAUGCCAUUCGACGAUCAAACGCCCCAAGAUGUUUUACGACCACGUUUAUGAAAAACACAAUGUGCGCCUUACCCCAGAGGAGGUGGAAGCGUGCAACCCUUAUAUUCGGAAUGGAAUCUGCCCACGUAGCAAACGCUCCCAAAGCGGUCGCAAAUCCGCGCGCACGUUGGUCUUAGCAUCGACUUCGCCAUCGACCGCUUUAGAACCUACCUACCUCUACGCUGACGGGGUUGAAAGUUCUCCGAUACUUCAACUUCCUGUCCCACUUGCAGUUCCGGUAAUCCCUGAAUCAUAUCCAAAUCAGUCGACUCGCAACAUGUUUUAUACCUACGAUAUGGGCUCUCCUUUCGUGGAAAGUUCAGAAGGAUACUCUAGCGCUUCACCCUCCCCUUCUUCGAUUUACGGUUGCGAUGAUAGUCAAAGUCAGCAGGGAUAUAACUCUCCGCAUACCUCCGGUACGCCGAUGGGCAUGCAUGACCAGGCGUUCAAUCUCAACUACUUAACUAUCCCACACUCGUACGCAGCUUCUUCCUCUUCACAUUCCUAUUCCACCUUUGGCUCGCCCGCUCUUACCUGCCGCUCGAGCGUCGCCUCUUCCUCUCUCUCGCCUUCGCCUGCUCCAGAGACAAUGGAAACGACGAGACUGUAUUCAACAGUGCAUCACGCGACACCUGAACCUGAACUUUUGAUGGGAUUCUCGUUGGAUAUGGGACAAGUCGCGCUUGGAGAUCCCCUUGGUACAUUGAAUCUCAAAGACAUCGAACGCGAUGUCCAGCUGGAGACCUUCCUCGCCUCUCUGAAUGAGGGAGUCGACAACCAUGGAAUGGGCCCAGAGAAUUCUGCUUCCUCGCCUUGGGGCAUAGAACAGGGAUAUGGGAUAAAUGGUAUGUCGGUGGUUGGACAGAUGUCCUAGUGACCGUCCACGCAUGUUCCGAGCCGCUAGUCGGUUUUCGCCUGAUUUAUGAUUGGACUAUUCACUACACUCGCUACUUCGUAAACUACUUUACAGUUUUUCAAAAGUUGAAUUUACUACGUAAAUAUUAUAAUCUUACUCUUACUUACUCGUAAUAACUUCAAUCAUUGAAAAUCAUGCAAAAACU